AUGCCCCUAGAGGAGAUGAUACAGGAGGUCUACAUACACCGCGACCGAAUGAAGAGGCAUAUUCGAUCGGUCGACAAGAACGACAUUGCCGCGGCUCUCCUCCCUACAGAAAAGUGGGACGUUCAGGUGUCUGUACACCUCAGAAUUUACGAGCAUCCCGAGCAGACGGCUGCUGCCGCCGCGGCUGCUCAAUCUGGUUCCGAGCCGCAGGCGACGGAAGUAGAUCCGGUGUCGAGCCAACAAUCUCGCAAUCGCAAGACCGCCUCGCCUUGUUUGCCCCCUGCGCAGUGCUUGCGUGCACCUCCCUUUUCUUCUGAAGAGGUUUCGAGUCCCCCCGACGCUUCUAUGGCGGCCUCCGACACAGCGUUCGUCGCCUUGACGUCUUCGAGAGGCGGAGAAAAUGAGACGUCUGGAGGCACAGGAAACUCUACUGCUGGCAGCGAUUCCCUCAGUAACACGAUACGAAAGGAUCGGAAACCGCGCGUGGCGCUUGGCACGCCAGCGCAGGUUUUUUCUACUUCUCCUGCGUCAGUCUCCGUCCCGCCUGAGGCAGCUGCGAGGGAAACGGCAUCAGGAAAAAACGCGGUGCCAGUGGAAGGGGAUUUGCGUGCUCCCGCAACUCCGAAGCCUGUGGCGCCUCUCGCGGACGCCCCUCGGGAUUCUCCGCGCGUCCGGAUUCGCACGGAUCUCUCCCGAGUCGCAGACCCCGCUAUGGCGGAGGCUGAAGCCGCGGUGUCGGCCGCUCUGCAGGACGCAAAGGAAGCUCAUCGCGCGGCGAAGGCAGCGUGCGGCGAAGCCGUCAAGGCUGCGCGCGCUGCCUGCCUCUGGCGAGACCCUGGACUCUGUCCAGAGGGCCCUAUCGUGCAGGGCGCGAUGAAGAUGCCGUUGGAGCAGCUCGAAGAGGCUGCAGAGCUCCUCCUGAGGCUUCUUGACGGUGCACUGCGGGCGACUGCAGAGAACGAAGAGCGCCAACCAACGCAGCGUUGCGAGAAGGCAGCAGCAGGCCUCGCGGGCCACGACACGCCCGCCGGCGGGCGGCUGCGAAGCACACAAACGCAGAAGCUUUUGGACAGAGACGGAGAGGCGAAGCCUGGAGACGCAGAGCAACCAGAAGCAGACGUAGACGGCGUAGAUGGCGAGGAAGAUUCCCCUGACGUUGCGUCGCUCCUGACAGCGACCACGGCUCUCGUACUGCAAGCCAAGCGGGCGCAGCUGCGGGCGGACGUGGCUAUUGAGGCGGCGACCGAGGCCCGAGCCCGCGCGAGGCUCUUUCGUGGAGAGCUGCAGGCGAGGAAGCAAGCGCAGGAGCGCGAAAGACGCGUACAGGACGGCGACGGGUUUCCUCGUCGCUUCGGAGUUCACGACCGCAGUCUGGCGGCGCCGCAUUCUCGCCCCCAUCCGCACGGAUCUGUAGCACCCGCAGGCUUCACACGAAACGUCGGACCGGCGCGAGGCACGCGGGUGAGAAGCGUGGUGAGGAGCCGAGACGGCGGACGAGAAAAAAGAGCUGCGUGGCCUUCUGGGGAGGCACUCGGCGCUUCUCUCCAAACGCCAGCUGCGCCGCUCUCUGCGGCACCGGGGGCCGAAGCGCCGCGGCUGUCGCAUGCUCGCUCGACUCGCACCGGGAGCGCAGAAGACAGAAAAUCCGAGCGGCCUGCAUCGUUCGCCGCGACGUCCCCUCCGCCUCGCCAGGGCUCGGCGCCGAUCGCCAGCGUCGCACCUGAAGGCGGAGCCGCGACCGACCCUGGGGAGCAAGAAGAACCCGCGCUGCCGCCGGGAUUCAACGAGGCCGGACGCCGCGGGAGAGGGAAAAGCACGGUGCUUCUGGGGCCUGCGGCCGCUGCCCAGCUGAGAGCCACGACGCGUCAGCUCGCCUCCGCCGCCCUCGACCGUGCGGCGCACGGCGCUCGUCCUCCUGAAAGUCGCGAGGCGCCGGCAGCAGACGCAGGCGGUCGGCGCCGCGCGAUUUUCCAGUCGGCGAGGGGAUGGACAGAAGCGGACGAAGACGAAAGGGAGGCGGCGCGGUCGCGGAGGCAGGAGGGAGGCCCCGCGGUGGACGGAGAGACUGCAGACGGCAGGUCGCAGCAGCGCCCCGGCAGCUGGGUCGGGGGCGGUCGCGCGGCGGGCGGUGGCUCACCCGAGGCCGAGGCAGGUCAGGCUUCCUCCCCGGGGGCGACCGCAGACGCGGCGACCAGAAGAGAGUCCCGCAGACGGCGACUCGGCUGUCCGCCGCACGCCAAGGGGGCGGACGCGGGCGAGGGCGUGCCUGGAUGCAACGCACCCGGCCAGACAGCGCCCGCGGAGGCGCGGCGACUCACAGCAGCGCCCGUUCGCUCAUGCGCGUCUGCGUCUCUGUCGCGCUCGCGCGCAGCGCCGGGGUUUGGGCCUUCCGCUCCCUCCCUGGAAGGGCGCGGGGCCAGGUUUGCCUCUUCCGCGCCGUCUGCAGACGGCACGUCGCCUGCCUCGCCUUGUGCGGCUGCACAGUGCUCGACGGGGUUGCGGGAUUUGCGCCGGCUGCGUGCCUUCUCUGCUGGUCAGAGGCUGGCGUUGCGGGCGUUCUCCGUUCAAGCGAGAAUGCCCACGGCUGUCUCUGGUGGCGCUGCCCUCCCCCGGGGAUGGUCGGCCCCCGGGCGGAGCUCGGAGGCGCCGACGCCGCUUCGGGCCUUUCAGAGCUUCGCCGAUGCGCGCGGGACGGUCGACAGUCGCGGCCUGCAGCGCGCGGCGACUCUGGCGGGCCUGCCUGGCUUCUUCUCGCCUGCGUGUGCGGGUUCCUCUCGCCUCCUGGGCUCGUCGUCUUUCGUUUCUGCACAGUCGCUCGCCGCCACACGCCGGCCGUCCUCGAGGUCGCUCGCGCCCUCUCCUUCGCCGCUAUCCGCAGAUUUUCUGGAGCGGCGGAAGAGAGCUCUGAGCGCGCCGGGAUUCGCCUCGCAGGCAGCCGCGCAGCCGGGCGAGUCCAUGCGCCCUCGCCGCCUCCUCUCAGUGUGGAGCGGCGCGCGUGGAGAGCAGACGCCCAAGGAGGGGCGCACGACCACGCGCAGCCGCUACUACUCCAAGUUCGCCUCUCUCUACCGCGCCGGCCUGCAAGGCGAGGAAGUCGACUCGAGAAGCGAUGACUCAGCCGAGGCAGAGGACGCUGAAGACGCGCAAGCGAGAGACGAGGCAGAGGACGAGGAGGCCGCGGCAGAAAGGGAGGAGGGGGAGGAGGGGGAUUCAGGAGACGAAGAAGAGUGGCGCCAUCGAGGCAGGCUGGUCGGGAACCGGAGGCAACGAACGGACAUUCGGCGCCGCGUCGCGCACGUCGCAGCGUUCCUUGAUCUUCUUCGGUGUCUCCUUCCCGCGCAUCUCAGCUCACACGGAGAGUGGAAGCCCCCGAGGCGGAAAUGCCGAAAUCCGGAUGACACUCGAAAUCGCGAAGAAGGACGCAUGCUGUCUUCGCUGCAACGCCCCAGUUGCGACCUCCCCGACGCAUCCGCUGCGGAGGCGAAGGGCACUGCGGAAGGCAAGCUUUCUUCUCCCUCGUCACUCUCUGCCUCCGCUUCCGUUGCGCGUUUGCACCCCUCCGAACCCGAGGCGCACCCGGGAAGCGCGGCCGCGGACUGCGGGGAGACAACUGGAACCGGGCAGAAAGAAUCCGAGAGUUACACUUUUGCGAACCCGAAUCCACAGGUCGCGCUCCACCUUUUGACCUCGCGACCGUUCGUCGCAACGUUUGGUGAGUUGCUGCAGAAGACUCUCUGCCGCGAAAUCGCGACGAGGCCUUCGCCUCUCCCAUGUCCUUCCAACGCCUCGGAGUCUCCCGCGGCAAGGCGCGACGCUGAUCUGUCUUGUGAAGACUCGAUCUGCCGCGAGGGAGGGAGCGACCGCGAUGGCGAAGCCGCGACGCUAGAGGGAGCGGCGCAGGAAACGAUUCAGGAGGAGACGAAGGAAACGAUUCAGGAGGCGGCGAAGGAGAUCACAGCGAAAAAACGACACACGGAGAGAGUUCGUUUUGCGUGCGACGGAUUGGAUGAGGCAGAACACGCCGGUGGACUCGCAGUUCACGACGCGGUGCCAGACGCGCAGACGCAGCAGCGCGACUCUGGUGAGGCCGCUCAGAGUGACUCUGCGGAUGCCCCGGGAGCAGACUCGGGCUUUGCACAGACAGCUGCUGUAGGCGCUCUUGGAGGAGCGGAAAACAGAGAAACGGAUGCAAGAGAGAGCAAAUGCCGAAGUCCAAGUCCUAUCGAUACCGCGGCGCCACAGGGAGGCUCGCUAAGCGCGGUCGCGGAGGCCCUGUCCCUUAUAGGACAGCGAAGGAGACUCGCCGAGGUGCUUCGCUCGCGCAGCGACCCGACGCGAGACACCGUUAGCGUUUUCUUCGUCGACCCCGAGACCAGAUGCGCUCUCCCCGUCGCGGUGGCAGCGCUGCUGCGGCUCCUGACUCAAGGCUUCGUGGUGGAGCUCGCAAUCGCUCGGCCGAGUCCGGCGCGCGUUCGCUGGUCUCCAGUCUACCGCCGGUGCUGGGCGGCGCUUCUCCGCCCGUUCCUUCGCCUCCGCGCGCCCAGCGCUUACCGGCACCGCCCCCGAAGGCUCCGCCCGCCCCGCGGAAGCGCCUCCCGCUGCCGCUCCAGAGACCUCUCAGAGGGCGCCGAAGGAGACAUGAGAGCCCGCGGAGCCCGCGAGCGUCAGGCAGAGGCACCUGCGCGAAGAGACAGCGCUGAGAGGGGCCGUGACGCAGGAACGUUGCGGAGCGGAGAGAUGGGCGAGAAGACGCAGGAUGGCAGCCAGGGGACGGAGGCGACGAGGGCGGAAAAGAUCGCCGGUGAAGCGGCAGGGAGGGCAGGCUGUCCGAGCACGUCACUCAGGAAUGUGCUGCCGCCGCGUGCCGCGCCUCCGCCGCACGUCUUGUGCGCAGUCCAGAGGGAGUUGCGGCUGCAUCCAGAGCUGAGGCAAAGCCAAGGCACGCGGGAAUGGUUUAACACAAACAGACGGAGAAAAGCCGCGGAAAACGCUGGAAGUCGGGAAGAAGCCGAGGCGCGUGGCAGCCGGCCUACGGAGGAGACCACCGUGGACGAGGCAGACUGCCGCGGACGCGAACAACAUGCUUUCUCUCAUCCAUCUCCGGAUACUGAACAGGUCGCGUCGUCCGCGUCGCCUGGUGAAUCUCAAGCGCGCCUUGGGCCGCCCUUGAGCUCCGGGCUUGCGCGGGAAUCUCGCGUCGAAGGGGAGGCGGCUCAGGUGAGCACGGCUUCGCUAUCAGCCGCGCCCUCCACCACCGUCAGCAGAGUCCAGCAAGCGGGAGGAGAAAGGGCGCGCAGCCGCGAAGAAGACACGCGCCCUCGAGGCGCGGAAGCGGAAGCAGCCGCGGUCGAGCUGGCGCGCGUCUUCUCCCCAGACGCGAACCUCCGAGCGGUGCGGCGCGGCGGGGGCUGCGGCUUUCGAGUCACCUCCCCAGACGAGGACGCCGACUGCGGCCAAGGAGGGCGCGAGCCGCCGACGGCGAGAUGGAGGCAAGGUUACUCAGCUGCUGGAGUCGUGGACGCAUGCAUCCGCGUCGCGGCAGGGGCGCCUGGCAGCAACCCCCGCGCGAGUGUAUCCAGUGGCGAACGAGGCUCCGGCGAGAGCGCGGAAGCGGCGCCUGGAGGCUGGGCGGCAGGACGCGUUCUUCCGCCUUCAGUCGAAGAAAGCGCCUUCUUCUGCCUGCUGGUCGCUCCCCGAGCCGAGUCCGCGCAGCCUCGCCCUGCGUUCCGCCGACUCUCCGCCUCUCUCCUCGCUGCUUCGUCUUCACACUCAACUCGCACGCCUUCGCACGCCGGACUUCCGCACGCUCUGGCGACACCUGUGUCGCCUUUGUCUCUGCCUGGAGGCGUCAAUCUCUCUCAGUUGCCUUCCGCGUCUUCAGGCACCGGAUUGCACGGUGGCGUCAAGCCUCCGUCGAAGUCCAUUCCUUCAUAUGCGUCGUUAAACCAUUUUACGGCUUUUCAUGCAGCGCCGUCGUCGCCUUCCUCGCCUUCUUCGCCUCCUUCGCUUGCUGCGCCUCUGGGGGGACGGCUCCACGCUGCCUCAGCGUCCAGCCUGACCGCCUCUCCUACUCCUGUCUCUUCUCUGUGUUUGCUGCCUUCUGCUUCCCAGUCGCGGGGAUCGCUGCCUUCGAAUGUUUUGCCCGCGUAUGCGCCGGCGUCGCUCGCUUCCCGCCUCGGUGAUCUCUCACCUUCUUGUCCGCGGGCGUGUGCCUUCUCUGCGCUGGCGUCGGUCCCUUCCGCGCCGCCACCCCCCGUCGGCGCUCCAGCAGCUCCCGAGCCUCGGUCUCAGGAGUCUCUCUCCUCGUUCUUCUGUCCCUCCACGCGCCCGCAAGCCCUGACUGCCUCACACUCUCCUCCUUCAGAAACUCGGGACUUUCGGCGCGCACGCGCAUCGGCGCUGCGUUCUGCGCCGCCCUCCUCCUCGCCGCCCUCCUCCUGUGCGUCGCAGGCGCCUUCAUUUGCAGCCGUCGCGGAGUCUUCAGCUGCUCCGUCAUUUUCCGCUGAAGUUUCGCCUCUCCAGGGUCUCAGCCUGGGGCACGUAUCGUUUGAUCUGAAGAGAAAAAUGCAGGAAGACGUGGGAGCAUCCUCGAGACCAAGUAGGCACGGUCGUCCCUCCGCGCUCGCCAGGGCGUUCGCGGCAGACGCCUCAGCGCGCGAGUAA